AUGGAGCAGAUUAUUUCGUCAGUGGCACGCCUCACAGCUGAUCUUGUGCAGAAUCAGCAACCAAAUACGAGUGAGCUGAUUGACACGAUCUUCUCUGAAGUAUCUGUUCUUAAAGAUGACGAGAAAGUUGCUAAUCCACAGCUUGAAGAAUGUGCCAUCCAGUUGUGGAACUGGGCUGUGGUUCAGAAUAUUGGCGAAUCUUUCAGUCAAAGUCAGAAAGCCAAAGUGUGCAAUGCCGCAUACAGCCUGCUGUACCGCUCUGAGCCUGUUCAUCCAACAGAGGGCACCAUCCGCAAUAAGAUCACGAUGACCAGCAUAACUGGAAAGUCCUGGUUAGACUGCAACAAUUAUCAGAUGGCGGAUCAUUUCCUUGGGCUCGCUGUUAAGGGCUUGGAAACUCUAUUUGACAUGCUGGCAUCCAGAGGCCAAAGCACGGCUGAUGUGGAAUCAGCCAAAACAGAGGUGGAGAUGGAGACGCUCCGGAUCCUCACCUUUCAAGCAGAAUCGGCCAUACUUCAGGGCAGUCACCAAGAAGCUGUGGUCCAUGUUCAACGUGGCACAGACAUGCUGCAACGCCUACCCACACAAACAACGUUCCUGUCACUAAAAUGCUACAACUUCGGAAUAGGCACUUACAACGAGAAAGAAUUUGAAAAGAGCGUCUUCUGGUUACGACAGAGCUACAACAUUGGCAAGAUUCAUGUGAAAUAUACACCUGAUGCCAAAAUUCAGGCUAGGACUUUGCGUUGUCUUGCCACUGUUUAUUUUGACUGGGACGCUCAGAAGUUUUACAGUGAAGCCCUCGCUGCUGUUGAAAUGGCCAACCAGGAGUGUGUGACUGCCUUUGGACUCUUCUUAAAGAUUAAAAUACUCCUGGGAGGCAGGGUGUCUGAUGAAAGCAUCAGAGCAAGUUUGGAUGAGAUGCUGAGAUGCUCUGAGGUUUACCUGAAAGAUUGUCUUUGGACAGUGAAGCUUCUCGAGACUGAAAACAGAGGUGUGCCAGCGUUGGAGCUUUUGAAACGUGCGAUUCAGCAGUAUGAGUCGUCGCCUGAACUGGGAACUGCUCUGGUUCUGCACGUUCGGCUCCUGCUGCAUUUAGGCAAGGAGUCGUUGGCUAGGCAAAAGAUAGAGGACGUCAUCACCGUACAUUACUCGGGCAGACAGCUGGCACCGCAAGAUCUGCAAAGCCUUCACGCCAUUUUGUGGGAUAAAGCAUCAAAACACUUUGAGGCAGCAAACUAUUCGGAAGCACUGCAGUGGUACAACUACUCUCUGAGGUUCUUUUUGACUGGAGAGAUGGACUCAAAUAUGGCCAAACUUCAGAGGAACAGAGCUUCCUGCUUCAUGCACCUGAAACAACUGGAAAAUGCAAAAGCAGCCAUUAAGGAUGCCGAGCUUUGCGAACCAGGCAGCAUGGAUACACAGUUCAGUAUGUACUGUGUUGCACUGCAAGAGAACAAUAUGGAGCAAGCGGCAGAGGUGGCGAACAAGAUGGCGCUUCAGUGCAAGGAUCUCCAAGCCAGCACAUCUGAAAAGGGCACAUCCAACCUUCUCUGCCUGGCUGCUCAGAUGGCUUUGGAGAACAAACAGCAGGACAUAGCCACCAAGCUGCUGGAAAGUUUGUGUGAUACCUGCAAAGAUGAAGCUUUGGUUUUGAAUGCUCUCAGGUGCCUUAUCCGACUCGUGCUCACCAGCAGAGAAAACUCCAUUGAUGAGGAAAGAGACGAGAGUCUGGAUGUGCUGAUGCCUUAUUUAAAGAUUGCCCUUCAGAAGCUUUCACCGCGGCCGAGCUUGACAGCGGAGCAAUGCGCGGAGGAAGCCGACUGGUUCAGGAAGAUCGCAUGGAAUUCAGCUUUGCAAUGUGAGAGCAACCCUGAAAAAAUGCGAGAUUUUUUUGUGCUCUCAUAUCGGCUUUCGCAGAUUUGUCGCCCUGAUCGCGCUGUCCUCUCGGCACAAAAGACGUGCCUGCUCAUGGCCGUCGCAGCAGCUCUACAGUUCUGCAGGGACUCUACUCACGCCGACCGGAAACAAGAUCUCAGCCAAGCUCUGGAACACAUUGCGUUAUGUGCAGAGUUGUGGAAAACCCUCAGAGGAACAGGAAGCUCCUUUAACGACACAACGGACAAGAUGCUGUUGCUUUAUGAGUUUGAGGCACGUGUCAAACUCAAUGACCCGAGUGUGGAGAGUUUGCUGGACUCUGUUCUGGAGCGGGAUGACCUGGAGGUUAAACUGCUAGAGACCAUUGCAGCAUUGUCUACAGAGCCUCCAGCGUACUUUCCGUUGCUAAGCAAGAAAGCCCUGAGGGUGGCGCUAUCGCUCCACAAGAAACAACCUCAAACAGAGACAGCGCAGUUCAGCAGGUGUCUCCACCAACUCAUCAAUCUCACCCUCCCCAGCGGUGCGUCCAACAUGGACACCCACCUGCUACUCGAGGCGCAGGACUACUAUGAGGAGGCGCGGGCCCUCAUCGCCGCCACUCCGAAUGGCCUUCCGGAGAUGCAGAUCCUGUGGCUGCUGACCUGUGCUUGGAAUACUGGCGUGGAGCUCUUCUGUCUGAAGCGUUACCAGGAGGCCGAGAAGUGGUGUGGACUGGCCAUGAGCUUCUUGCGCUAUUUGGGACCUCUGAAAGACGGUUACAAGACUCAGAUGUCCGGUCUCUACGGUGAAAUCCUGAAUCGUCUGGAAAAGGAAAAGAACGCCACAUCUUUCAAUGUAGCAUAA